GUACGUUUUGGUCCGGGACUCGGAAGAGCCGGUUUUGGUCCGGGACUCGGAAGAGCCGGUUUUGGUCCGGGACUCUUGGUCCGGGACUCGGAAGAGCCGGUGGUAACCUGCCGGUCUUGCACAGAAGUACCGCUGCACUGCUGCUCCCACAGGCGGUCGGUCACUGUUAACGUUUCUCUCUCUCGCUGCUUUGCAGGAAUUUCAACUCGGCCCGUUUCUUCACGCCUCUGAGCCACGUGCCUCGUUGCUUAUGUCGGUGUUUCUGGGAUUUGUGUUUCAGCCACCUGCUCUGCUCUGCUCCGUGCAGCACUUCUCUCAGCGUGGCUUGUUUUUGAAUGGUACAUUUAGAAAAUCCAAGUUCGCCGAUGACCUUAAAAAGGCAAAGCAAGCAGCUGUAAUCCUUACAAGAAAUUCAACUUGGCCUAUCCAAAUUUACCAAGAAUGAUGCAAACCUUUGUCUCAAGCCAAAAAACAAGACAUUCUAAUCGGGUGUUAUUCUUUGAAUGUACGUUGAGGAGAUAUAUUUACCAGUCAUUUAAAGUGUGUUAAGACCAUAUAUUUUGACUCAGCUGUUGCCAGGGUUUCUCUCCAUCAUGUCGGAUAUUAUGAUCAGUUUGGUUUCCUCUGAUGACCAAGCAUCAACGAACAUUCAACCAGGAAUGGGAAAUAAAAAGCACAAGGAGUUCCUUAGAAAGAGAAGAUUUUUGGAGAGAAAGGGUUACCUUAAGGACAAGCAGAACAAAUUCAAGCACAAAAAGGCACAGUCUACACAGGGGCCCAGUCAUCAUAGCCCAGUUUCACAGGAAAAUGGAACAAAGCAUCCCCCCCCUCCCACUGUGACACAGGCCCAGAAAUCACUUCAUGCAUCCAAGUCAAGCAGCAGUGUUGUCUGUAGCUCCAGGCCCUCAGUAUCCACCAAAAGCCCUGCCACCUUGACUGUCACAGUUUUGAAUUCAAGCUACCCCCGACAGAGCAUUAAACCGGCUACCAAAGGCACCUCAGCACCUCGAAGCCUCAAACCCACUGCCUGUGUCUCUAGUGGCUCAUCACCCAUUGGAAAACCUGAAAAGUACCUUGCAAUUGACUGUGAGAUGGUGGGCACGGGCCCACAGGGACGUGUCAGUCAGCUAGCACGCUGCAGUAUUGUCUCCUAUGAGGGAGACGUGGUGUAUGACAAGUUCAUCAAGCCUACUAUGCCUGUUACUGACUACCGCACACGCUGGAGUGGCAUCCGGCCCAGGGACCUCGCCAUGGCCCCCCCAUACAUAGAUGCCAGGAAGGAGAUCCUGAGGCUACUCACAGGGAAGGUUGUGAUUGGCCACGCCAUCCACCAUGACCUAAAAGUCCUGGGCUACUUCCACCCUUCGUCCCUCAUCAGAGACACCUCCAAGAUCCCUCUGCUCAACCGCAAGGCUGGCUUCGGUGAGACGGAGUGUGUCUCUCUGAAGCGACUAACCAAGGCCAUAUUUAACCGAGAUAUACAGACGGGGAAACAGGGUCACUCCUCUGUGGAGGACGCCCAGGCCACCAUGCAGCUCUACAAAGUGGUGGAGGAGGAGUGGGAGAGGACUUUGGCCUCAAAAGGCCAGGCCAGGUGUUGACGGUGUUUUGAGAGGGAACUAGGUUGUAAAUUUAAGAGAUGUUAUGGACAUUUUGGAUUAGUGAAUUAGAGAAAAAAACCAAAAACAAAUUGUGAGUUGAAUUCUGUGACAACCAGUUUAUCAAGAGCAGCAGUGUGUUUCAUGUGACGCACUGAACCUCCUGCACAUUCAUCAUAAAUCACCCUGGAUUACCGUUUUAACAGUGGUUGUAAUUUUAAAGUGGGUUUUUUAAUGCCAGAUGAAUGAUUCAACAAGAGCUUUCUGUUGUGUGUCUUUCUCCUGCCUUACUUCCCAUGUCGGUGACCUUCUGUUCGAAAAAAAAAAGAAAAGGUUGUGGGCUACAUGUGUAAAGCGCUUUCUAGUCUACCGACCACUCAAAGCGCUUUACAGUGGAUGCCUCCCUAAACAGCAUCCAGAUGUGGGCCACUUCAGGCAGUGAUGUGGCACUGCUGGCCUUCUUCUGGCCCUGACAAAAUGGAUGUGAGCCUGAAGUGGCCCGUGUGGUAAAUGGUGAAUAUGGCCCAAAUAUCACAAAACAAAUAUGGCCACCUUUGGCAAAUGUGUGGCACAUGGGGCAUUGCUAUGGCUUGGUUCUGGCCCAGAUCUGGCAAACGGGAGUGGACCGCCCAAGUGCCAUCAUUCCACGCAGCAUGUGGGCUGGAAGAAGUGUCGGGUGUGGGACGGGUCCGGGCCACAGCAGUUUUGCUAUCUGGGUCAUAUUCACCCAAUCACACACACAUCCACACACUGAUGGAGGAGGCUGCCAUGCAAGGCGCCAACCUGCUCAUCAGGAGCAGUUAAAGGUUCAGUGCUUGCUCAAGGACACUUCGACACGCUCUGGAGGAGCCGGGAUGGAACCAGGAACCUUCUGGUUACCAGACGACCCGCUCCACCUCCUGAGCCAUGCUGCCCCUGCAAGGUUGUCUUCAGUUUAUGGAUUUAUGUUCAGAAGGUGCUGCUGUCGCCACUAGGCGGCAGCCUUACACUUUUUUUUUUGCUUAAGAUGAGUCAAAUGAGACUUUACUGCUGAACCUGGAACUAAUGAUGUAGGGCCUGUUUUACUUUCUUUCAGGAAGCUCUUUUGUAAAUGAAGGACAUGGCAGAUACUGGUCUUAUUUAAUAUGUUUUAUAUGAAACAAAAGAUCAACUUUUUGUGUAACAAGGUUGAAAUAAAUUUUAACUA